AUGUAUCGCUACCGCCCCGCACACCGCCAGCUUUCGCGCGCAUCGCAUUCCUCCGCGUAUGACGCGACACUCGGAAACCUGCUCGUGGGGCAGCACACGCGCGUGAUAUUCCAGGGCUUCACGGGCCGGCUCGCGAGUGUGAAUGCGGCCGAGUCGCGGGCAUGGGGGACCAAUGUUGUUGGUGGUGUUUCGCCGCGGGUCGGGUUCCACCAGCACCCGGAGCUCGCGCACUUGCCGGUAUUUGCAACCGUCAGGGAAGCGGUGGAGAAGUUGAAACCGGAUGCGACGGGCGUGUAUGUUGCAGCGGGGCAGGCGGCCAGCGCUAUUGAGGAGGCGCUCGAGGCGGAAGUGCCCCUCAUCGUUGCGGUGGCAGAGCAUAUCCCGCUGCACGACAUCCUCAAGAUCCACGCAAUGCUCCGCUCGCAGUCCGUGUCCCGGCUCGUCGGCGCGAACUCUCCGGGACUCAUUUCGCCCGCGGGCACGUGCCGCAUUGGGUUCCAGCCACUGCCGUGCUUCACGUCCGGCACAGUCGGCGUUGUCGCCCGCUCGGGGACACUUUCUUACGAGGCGGCUGCGGGUCUCACUGCCGCGGGGCUCGGGCAGAGCACCUGUGUCGGGGUUGGUGGGGACGUUCUCCCGGGGACAGACAUUGUGGAUGGAUUGAAGUUGCUCAGCGAGGACCCGCAGACAGAGGCAAUUGUGCUCAUUGGUGAGGUCGGCGGGGAGCAGGAGAUGCGAGCCGCUCAUUGGGCAGAGGGGUAUAGGAAGGCGAAAGGCGCUGAGGCAAAACCGAUUGCUGGACUCGUCGCUGGGCGGACAGUGCAUCCCGGGCCAGACCGGGUGAUGGGCCACGCCGGGGCAUGGCCUGCGCUGGGCGAGCCAACAGCGGACGAGAAGUUCCAUGCGCUAGAAAGAGCCGGCGUCACAAUGGUGGACCAUCCAGUUAAGUUUGGGCGCGUAAUGAAAGGCCUGCUCUCCGGAAAGCGGGGAUAUCACACCGGUGCCCGGCGCGCGCUACACGUGCAAGCUGGACCACUCGUCGACGGGCUACCGGGCCUGGCCACCACCGAUGUUGAAGCGACGCACGAGCUUGAACUCACCGUAGACCGAACAGCGGGCUCGCCGUGCUUUAUUCUUGCACGCAUCUCCCCAGUCUCCCAAAUCACGCGCUUCCCAUUCGCCUACCACGCCGCGGCCCCUCCAACAAAGGACAUUGCAGGUAUAGCUGACUAUCUGGGCAUGCCCCAGCGCGACGUGACUCUAGCGCGUCUACUGCACACUUUGCACGACCUGUUUAUCCAACACGAAGGUGUCUCCCUGCGUGUCAGCCUCGCUAUCGACAACGGCAGUCUAGCGGUUAAAGACCCCAGAUUCGUAUUCGAUGACGCUGCCUUCCGCUCCGCUGGCCGGCACGCUGCCCUGCACUCGUCCACUGUGUCUAACCCAGACGGGAUGGUCUACCUCCCGCUCGGCCCUCCGAAAUCCCCGGAAUGCGCCAUCGGGACAGUCGUCAACGGUGCCGGGCUUGCACUCAACACCGUCGACGUGCUCUCCUCCGUCGGGGCCCCCAUCCAGGCAGCAAACUUCCUCGACACGGGCGGGAAAGCCACCGCCGAAACGAUCGGUCAUGCGUUUGGCCUGCUGCGGGCCGAUAACAGAGUUAAAGUGGUGCUGGUGAAUGUCUUUGGCGGGCUCACGCAGGGCGCGGUGAUCGCAAGGGGCGUGGUGGCCGCGGUGCGGGAGCUCCGGGCUGCAGAGGGAGAUUCGGCGGAGGCGAUGCCGGUGGUGGUGCGGAUCCGCGGGACGGGCGAGGAAGAGGGCGCACAACUGCUGAGGGAAGCGGAACUGAAAGGGGUGUGGGUCGAGCCGGAUUUUGAUAAUGCGGUGGAGCGGUGUGUAGAACUUGCGAGGGAGCAGAUGUGA